AUGAACCCAUCGGCUUCAACUAUCCUUCUUGAAGCAGCAAGUGAAAGUGAUGCUGCUAACUCUGCUGUGGUCUCUGCCAGAGAAUCAAUUUUUAAAUUGAAGAGCAAACUUCACUGUCGGAGAGGAGGGACUCCACUGGAUGGGUCUCGCUGGAAAGUGUCGGAGAGGAGGGGCUCCACCGGCUGGGUGUCGCUGGAAAGCGUUGGACGGCGGGGCGGGGCUGGACGGAAGUCAGAGGUGGGAGGCGCCAGCGCCAAGAGAAACGUCGGAGGUGGGAGAAGUAGUCGAUGUCGAGAAUUGAGAAGAAGAGAAAGGGUUUGUCGAAGUGAGAAUAAGAGAAAGGGACGUCGAAGAGAGAAGGAGCAGUAG